AUGCGGUCCCGGCAGCGCUUGCGGUCCCGGCAGCGCUUGCGGUCCCGGCAGCGCUUGCGGUCCCGGCAGCGCUUGCGGUCCCAGCGGCGGGGUUCACAGCACAUGCGGACCCGGCGGCGGGAUUCCCAGCGCAUGCUGGAGCCGUCGCUACGGCGGCUUGUGGCAUGGAAAUUCAUUUUUUAUAAAAAGGGAAAGGGACUAGAAUGUAGACAUUGUGAGUUGGUGGUGGUGAGGGGGAUCUCAACCAAGAACCUAGAAGGGAAUAUGAACAAAGAACAAAAGGGCAUCGCUCACCACUCUUCAAAGGCUAAGUCAUACCCCUUUUCAGUGGCCACCAACAGUGUAACCUGA